AUUUAUUUAUUAUUACUACUAUUAUUCCUCCUGGAAGUGUAUUUGGUUUUCUAAAUCAUUAUACUAAUCGAUUCUACCUUUUUUGAAGAAGCUCCGAUGCUUCGUUUAUUCAGCUAUCCACUUGCCCGUUUCAGAACUAGAAAACAGUAUUAUAUUAUACGAUUGGCAAUCAUGCAGCAUUUCCAUAUAUGCCAGCCUUGUAAUCGUCCUCUGCAGUGCCCGCCAGCUCCUGCUUCGCGCUUUCAACAGCUCCUUCUACUUACUCAUAUAAGACUCACUCACAGCAUCGAUCAAAGCAUCAAUCUACUCUAGCUUUUCCUUCUGUACGUCUCUCCAAAUCAACAUCCAUCAGUACCAACUUGUUCAUUAGUUUCUCCCCGAAAUGGCGGCGUCUCUGUCUUUGGCGAUACUAGUGCUGUUGGGCCAUUUGAUGGCCACAUCAGAGGCCAAUUUCCACCAGCAUUUCGACGUGACAUGGGGCCAUCACCGCGCCCAGAUCAAGGACGGCGGCCAGCUCCUGACGCUCUCACUGGAGAAGGAUUCCGGAGCAGGGUUCCAGUCCAAGAACCAGUACCUCUUCGGCAGAAUCGAUAUGCAGAUCAAGCUUGUCGCUGGCAAUUCUGCUGGCACCGUUACCACUUUUUAUCUAUCCUCCCAAGGACCAAACCACGAUGAAAUCGACUUCGAGUUUCUCGGAAAUUCCUCUGGCAAUCCUUAUACUCUUCACACCAAUGUUUUCAGCCAAGGAAAAGGAAACCGGGAACAACAAUUUCAUCUUUGGUUCGACCCAACCACUGGUUUCCACACCUACACCAUCCUCUGGAAUUCUCAGCGAAUCAUAUUCCUAGUGGACAACAUACCCAUAAGAGUGUUCACGAACAUGGAAUCACAGGGAGUUCCGUUCCCUAGUAAGCAGCCAAUGAGCAUUCACUCCAGCUUGUGGAAUGCAGAUGACUGGGCUACCCAAGGAGGGCGGGUGAAGGCUGAUUGGACUAAGGCUCCUUUUGUGGCUUCUUACAAAAAUUUCAAAGCAGAGGCGUGCAUCAGGAACCCACCGGCCGCCUCCUCGACUUGUUCUCCGGGAGCUUGGCAAACUCAAGGAUUGGACGCCGCUGGUCGGAACAGAAUUCGGUGGGUGCAAAGCAAAUAUAUGAUCUAUAACUACUGCACUGAUCUCAAACGGUUCCCUCAGGGUGUUCCCUAUGAAUGCAAACAGUCUAGGUUCCUCUAAAUUUGAGGUGCAUGGAACAACAAAUGGAGCCGACACAACAGAUCAAUUAUAUCCUCAAUGCUUUCUUUAUUGUAAUAAAUCCGCCACAUUAUCAUGUGUAUUUUUUCAUUUAUCUAUAAAGAGAUAUAAAUUUACAUUUUCUACUAACCAGUAACCAGUCCAUCAUUUUUAUUAUCGACACAACAGAUGAUUUUUAUUAUCUUCACUUCUUAGAACGUCUUCAGUGAUUAUUGAUUUGCCCAUUUUAAAGAAGUAUACAAUAAAGUUAUCCAUGUAAU